ACGCCUGCGCGGGGCCACUGGCGUAGUAGCGCAUGAGCAACGGAGAGGAAGUGGCGGGUGAUCUAGGUCCGCACCUUUUCCGGUAACACCGCUCUGCCUCUGUACUGCUGUGUGACUGAACGGCUCGGCUGUGAGAGAGCAGGGGCGAAGAGAGGGAGAGAGAGAGAGAGGCGAGAACGGGGAGAAAGAACUUGGGGACGGGGGCUGCCGCUGUCGCAGGGUAGGGAGCGGAAAGUCGGAUGAAUCGAUGACCUUUUGGGCGUGCUGCCUCUUGGUGUCCCGACGCAGAUGCCGUUGGGAGUGAUUCGAGUGGUUUCCACGAGAAUGUUACCGGAGGAAACCUCGGUGUUUUUGAAUUUAGCGAUCGAGUGCCUCUGAGAGCAAGUGUUGACACCCGGCGGCCGAGGAGGAAGUCGGAACUCUGGGCUUGGACAGGGCCUCAUUUACACGGCGCGAUAGUCGCGGUCCUUUGACUCAUCGCCUCUCCCUUUUUGGGUCCCAAUCCACGGGAAACUACUCUCCAAACGACGAUUCUGAAUUACCCACCUCUACAUUUUGACAGCUGUCAAAAGUGUUCCUACUAUCACGUGAAAAGUCACUUGGAUGUCACAACACUGUGCCUGAGAGACUAUAGUCCGUUUAUAUUCUACCGAAAGCACAAAGAAUUACUCUCCAAAGAGAGCACACCGUUCAUCUUCCAAGGAGGUAUUUAUGAAAAGCCAACGAAAUGGGGAAAAUUCUUUCGAAGAUCUUUGGCAACAAGGAGAUGAGAAUAUUGAUGCUUGGACUUGAUGCGGCCGGCAAGACCACCAUCCUCUACAAGCUGAAGCUGGGCCAGUCCGUCACCACCAUCCCCACUGUGGGCUUCAAUGUGGAGACCGUCACGUACAAGAACGUCAAGUUCAACGUGUGGGACGUGGGCGGCCAGGACAAGAUCCGCCCGCUGUGGAGACACUACUACACCGGCACGCAGGGCCUGAUCUUUGUGGUGGACUGCGCCGACCGGGACCGGAUAGACGAGGCCAGGCAGGAACUCCACCGGAUCAUCAACGACCGGGAGAUGAGGGACGCCAUCAUCCUGAUCUUCGCCAACAAACAAGACCUGCCGGACGCCAUGAAGCCCCACGAGAUCCAGGAGAAGCUGGGCCUGACCCGCAUCCGGGACAGGAAUUGGUACGUUCAGCCCUCGUGCGCGACCACCGGGGAUGGACUCUAUGAGGGUUUGACCUGGCUAACCUCAAACCACAAAUCUUAAUGCCCAUGCGAUUCCGGAUCAGACUGUUUUUUCUUCUUCUUAAAGGAUAACGUGUUAAAAACAUGAAGACCCCCCCCCCCCCCACAUGGCAAAGAAAGAAUUAGAAAAGAUUCUGAAGUAAUUGAAAUGGAAAAAAUAAUCAGCUUUUUUCAUAAAUGUAAAACGAGUUAUAUUCUUCUUCUUUUUUUUGAUAACGACGGGCUCUUCAUAUUUCCGAAGUUCUUGAAGGCAAAAAGACGAUUUUUUUGGGCUGGUUUUUGUUUGCUUUUGGUUCUGUAGUAUUUCACUUACUCGUCUGUAUAAUCAUUACUUUUUAAGUACAACAUAACCUUUAUACUUUGAGCUCUUAUUGCAAUUUAGUUCCCUUUUCCUUUCUGCAUUUAACAAGAAUCUUUUUUAACUUUGUGCUAGAGCUUGCAAUUAUAGCUUUGAUAAGGAACACAGACCCUCUAGUCGGCCUUGACAGUAUUCACAUAACCCGACUUUUGCUCCACAAGUUGGGGGAGACCAUGAGAAUGUUUGACAUGUCCGUGUAUUUACCAGAAAGGACGGCCUAUCAUCAGCAAAACAAGUUGGCCGGUCAAACUGCCCACCGUAGUCUAAGUAUAUGCAUAACGACCAUUUCAGGACCUCGCACAAACAUGGCUUUUCAAUUGUGAUUGUAAACAAUGUCUGCAAUGGGGAAAUUGGCGGAUUUUGUGUGUUUUUGGGUGCAGUCAUUCCAUCCAUGAUGUCUACGUGUUCAUUCCACAGACACUUAUCUGGAUGCUGGAUAAACGAUAAAAAAACGACACUGUGAUGUGGAUAUGCUUUACUUUGUUUGACAGUUUAUUUUUUACCACAUUUCCUGUUCCCUUAUCCCCUCUCAAGAGCUUCCAUGAGUGAAUACGUGAAGGUUCAGCUGCCUUUGCUUGGGAGGCCACCAGUUACAGGUGGCCCCAUAGACACGAGACAUUCACUGCAGCCAGAAUCUGACUGCUGAGUCUGCAUUGCAGCAGUGUUGCAAAACUACCUACCAAGUUUCACAGGAAAGAACGGACGCUUCGGGGCUGUGUGUUUCCGCACCUGUCUGUCUGUCUGUCUGUCUUUCUUUCUUUCUUUCCUUCUUUUUCUGAUCCACUUUUGAACCCCAGUGAGGGUUAAAUGAAGUCUCCCACUACCACUGCAUCCAUAGUGCUUUAAUGAUUUUCUUUUCUCUAAACAAUCAGGUUUUUCCAGCGGGUGUCGUUCUGAAAUAAACGCGUGCGGUGACCUCGGCUCAAAGGUUAUAGAUAGGCAAGAGGCUUUUUGUUUUAUUUUUGUUUCCACUUGCUAUGCUGUUUAAAAUAAAAACAGGUUAUCCAGA